AGCCGGAGCGCUUCUCGUUUCUCCUUGCGUCCUCCUCCUUGAAUACACAUUCAUCAUCUUCCAUUAAGUUGCCUACACACUCCGCUUUUCAUAAUCUACUACGUGGCAGUAUUUAUUCCUCAUAUUCAUCGUCAUCAAUUGCACCUUCAAAACGAAAAGAAACGUUGCUCACGCGCCUCCUUCUCCUCGUCGGAAGAAAGCGUGUUGUCGCAGCGUCUUCUCUCCAUCUAUCUCUCUUUCUCUCUCUCUAUCACCGCCGCCUCUCGUGCGAACCCCACCCAACGUCAAACGUCAAUAAUCUUGUGCAUUACUUCGGUUCCUUUGUACUAUUGCUGUUGUUGCUGAUAGAGGGGGGUGGUGUAGGAGUUCUGGCCGUGGCUUUUCUCUCCGUUUGUGCGUGUGUGUCUACGGUGUUUCGUUAUUCCUUUUUCUUCUGUUUUUGUUUUAAUAUUUUUUACCGGUUGCGUCGGCGAAGGCGCAAGAGACUACGAGCGGGUUUUCCUCCCCCCGCUUUUGUGCUGGCCCUUCGUGGGUGUUCAGAGUUGGGCCGUACCACUACUGUGAUGUGCUGUGUGCGUCGUGACACACUCGCAUACACAGAGAGACACACACAGCGUAUAUAUUUGUAGUACACAAGCUGUCAACGACUUGCUUGCGCUCGUGGCAAAACAUCAUCUUUUGUGGUCUUUCAAAUUAGAAAAACCUCUAGAAAAGAGGGGAAAGAAUGGGUAAUGAAUCCUCCAAGACGAGCGGCGCGCCGUCCGCAGCGACGACCGCCAACAGGCGCGACGGUGGGGGUGGCGGUGGUGGCCCAAGCAAAUCGGCUGCGACCAACGCCGCCACCACCGCGGCAUCAUCGAAGUUAAAUGCUCCUUCUUCUUCCGCAACGCAGCGGCCACAGCCGCAGCCGCAGCCGCAGCAGUCGCCGGCCAUGUCCGUCCCGCAGCGCUCCUCCGCGCCGGUGGCCGUCCCGAGCGGCGCGGUGGCGAAUCAACGCGAUUUUCUCUCCUCGGUGGACGUCCCUGUGUCCGGUGCGCUCAACGGCAACGGCGGCAACGCGGACAACGUUGCGUCGUCGGUGCCGUGCUACGUGGACGCGAGCAGCAUGGUUUACACCCUGCCCUCCUUCACCUCCGAGACGUCGCUUGUCGGCAGCGGGGGAGCGGGUGCAAAUCCGGUGGCGGCCAUCAACGCGUACGGUGGCGGUGGUCCGGCAGUCAACCCAGCGAGCGCACCGCUGCUGCUGGCGGCCGCCGCCUCGGCCAGCGACUUCCGCGUCGGUGCGCCAUCCUCGCCGCUGUCGCCGCUGCGCCGGCACUUCCCGAUCGGCAGCGCCAGCAGCCCCAUCGCGAUCCCAACCUACAACACCACGACGACCUCCGCCGUGGAGGAGCUGUCGUGCAGCUCGCCGGUGCUGCGGUCGUACCGGAAGCACUCCUUCUCCACGUCGAAGCGCGACAUGUGUCUCGCCAAGUCGCCCACCUCGCCGCCCGCCACGUACUUCGGGCCCUCGUCGCUGAGCGCGAACGCGCCCGACACGUUGGCCACGCUGGCGCCGCCGUCUGCGGCGAGUGGGUCGUCUGGAACUGCCAUUCACACGAAGUUCUUGGAGAUCACCGGCCACCCUCUCGGCCUCGAGAACUACGGCAACACGUGCUACUGCAACUCGGUAAUCCAGCUCAUCUACCACUGCACCCCGCUGCGUCUGCGUCUGCUGGAGCUGUACGACGUGUACGUGUCCAAGAAAGGCAAGCCCGGAUUCGAGGAGGACACGGUGCUGUACCAGCUCUGCAGCUUGAUCGCCCUCAUGCACAAGUCAAACAACCGCAGCAAGGAGAAGUACCCACGCGAGAAGAUCGCGCCGAAAGAUCUGCUGCAGUGUGCACGCCAGAAGAACGAAAUCUUCAACAACGACAUGCAGCAAGACGCGCACGAGUUCACGAUGUUUCUGAUCAACGACAUCACCGAGACGGAGCAGCGCAUCAUGGCCGACCCGAGCAACGCGAACCUUUUCCUGCAGCACGAGGCGGCCAUGAAGAAGAAGAAAAGCUCCUCCUUCUCGUUUUGGAAGCACAGCAAGGACAAGACCAUCAGCGCCAGCAGCCAGAAGGCGAGCAAGCACGACAAGUCGUCCACGUCGUCGUCGACAGCGGAGAACAGCAGAGCCAAGUCGGGUGGGGCGCAGCAGCCGUUCAGCGGGGACCUGACGCCGCUGCAGGUGAUCCUGCAGGGACAAUUCGGCUCCCUCACGGCGUGCCUCGAGUGCGACAACAUAACCGCGCGAGAUGAAGUCUUCAUCGACCUGAGCCUGGAAACCGGGCAGGGCUGCUCGCUGCUGCGCUGCCUCGACCACUUCGGCGACCCCGAGUACUUCUGGGGCAAGAACAAGCUGCGCUGCGACGAGUGCAAGGCGCAGGUGCGGGCCGCGAAGACCAUCCACGUGCAGCAGCUGCCGCAGUACGCGCUGCUGAUCCACUUAAAGCGCUUUCAGUACGACGUGAAGAGACAGACCUUCACCAAAAAGGCCGACCACGUCGCGCUGCCGAUGCAGAUGGAUGUGGAGGAGUACCUGACCGAUCCCGAGGUGAUCGAGAAGAACCUGCGCAAUGAGCAGGCCCGCUGGCAAAAUGACAACGCCAGCGCGUCCACCGGGAAGAAGGAGGAGGGGUCUGCAGCGGGGGCAGGGGCGGGGGGAGGCUCGCCGGACACCUUCAAGCCGGCGUCGGAGGAGCUGCGCCGCAAACUGCGCGGUGUGGCACGGCACAAGGCUCGCUUUGAGCUGACAGGCUUCGUCGCCCACAUCGGCGAGGGCCCAAAUUCGGGGCACUACUUCACGUGCGUCCGCUACGGCCCCCAACUGUGGCGCCGGUUCGAUGAUGAGACGGUCUCAACCAUGGCGGAACGCGAUGUGCAGCAGUACUUUGGUGUCCCGUCGGAUGCCACCGGUGUGGUGACGACGACGGCGUACAUCCUGCUGUACGAACGGGUAGCGUAG